AAAAAAAAUAAUAACGAAAAAUUAAUAACAAGUUGAAUCAAAUAUAAAUUAGAAACUUGGACGUUAUCGAUCAUAUCUCAAAAAAUAAUGUCCUUGGUGACAUCAAAGUCAGCUGAUAAUAAGCUGGAAGAAGAAACUUCUAAGAGUCAAUGCCAGGGGAUUGAUCCUUUUAUAGAACUUUACCCAGUUGUUGAUGAAAAUGAGACUCCUAUACCUAGAUGCUGGAGCUCUAAAGAUAAAUAUAAUUUUAUUGGAUUGUCACAAAAUAAGUUACUAGUCCAUUAUAAAGGUAUUGGUAAAACCCACAAAGAUGCUGCGAGCAUAAGGACAGCUCACCCCAUUCCAGCCUCAUGUGGAAUUUAUUAUUUUGAAGUUAAAAUUGUCAGUAAAGGGAGAGAUGGGUACAUGGGAAUUGGUUUAUCAUCUCAAGGAGUCAGCAUGAACAGAUUACCUGGGUGGGACAAGCACUCCUAUGGGUAUCACGGAGACGACGGGCGUUCUUUUUGCUCGUCGGGCACGGGUCAGCCUUACGGACCCACCUUCACUACCAACGACAUCAUAGGCUGCGGCUUAGAUUAUGUUAAAAACACCUGUUUUUACACCAAGAAUGGCGUUGAUCUAGGUACCGCCUUUCAGGAUGUACCGCCUAAUUUAUAUCCGACUGUUGGUCUUCAAACUCUCGGGGAAACCGUCGAAACUAAUUUCGGCCAAAAACCAUUCGUUUUCGAUAUUCGCGAUAAACUGAGGCAAUACCGACUUCAAAUUAAAAACGAAAUCGCAAAUUUUCCCGUAAAAAACGAAAAAUUUGAGUGGGGCCAAACUAUGCAAAAAAUAAUAUUCGAUUAUCUGGUUCAUCAGGGUUAUUCGGAAACUGCCAAAUGCUUUGCCAAGGAACGCAAAAUCGAGACUACCCACAUCGAUUGGAAAAACGUGGAAAAUAGACAAAAAAUCCAAAAGCUUGUUCUUAGCGGCAAAAUAGAUCGGGCCCUUCAAACCACAGACCUUCUCUACCCCUCACUUUUCGAUUUCCAUCCGCAACAGUCCUCCAAUAAUUUAACCAACCGCAUGCUCCAUUUCAAACUAAAAUGCAGACGAUUCAUAGAGACUAUCGCAGGGGCAGACGAUUCUUUUACGCAAAGCAACGAUAUGCAGACGAUUAAUAAUACGGUGGGCAAAAAGCAUGCGAAGAAAAACUAUACGAAUACCAAUACGGCGAUAAAUAACGAAAUCACAAUGGAUUGUGAAAAUGAAGAAAAUAACGUGUUGCACAGGAAUACAGUAUCCCGCGGGCGUAAACUUAGUCGGAGGCGCAGGAACAUGAGAGAUGGCGGCCUAAGGAUGCGAUAUCCCUUUACCAUCGAAACAGACGAAUGUCAGCAAUGUUGCUUCCUUCAAGCCACGAAAAAUAUCGAUUACAUCGACAAGGAUAUUGACAUUACAGAUAAUGAUGUCAUUAGUUACAGAAAAAAUGGCGAUAUUCCUAAUGAAAUCAAUACCAAAAAAAAUGGCCACGCGCACGAACAAGGAAUGGAAAACGAUGGAGCAGACGAUAAUUGCGAUUGCGAUUGUUGCGCCACCGAGCACGAAUUUUGUUGCGGCGGAGGGAUCCAAGGUAACCCGGCGUCCCUUAAUCAAAAUGGACAUGACGAAAUCAAAAACGGGAAUUUGAAAGCGCCCCUAGUCGAAGCUGAUAUCUGUUGCGGUGAAUUUUGCGAAGAAUGUUUUUGCGAGCAAUGUUAUUCGGAUGCCAAUCAACGAUUUUGUUGCUGCUAUACAGACCAAACCGACACGUUUAUCGAUUGCCCUGAAGAAGAAAACCGAUAUUCGAUUUCGGAUACUGGAUCCUAUACCGGUUCUCAAUCUUCUUACUGCUCCUCCGAUUACAGUUGCCCCGUCGACAACGAUGAUGAUGUUGCAAAUCGGAAUCAAAUUAGUAAUCAAAUCGACUUAAACUCCACCAUAUCUCGCAUACUAGAAUACGGGAGGGAGUUGCAUCUGCUGGCAGUGGAUAUCAAAAAUAAUUACCACCAUAUCUCCAACAAAGAAAAUAACAGCAAAGAAAACAAGGACAAGGGUAAAGAAAAGAGCAAAGAUAAUUGCAAAAAGGGUGAGGAAGGGGGAGACGAAAGUGAGAUCAGCGAGGAAAGUCGCAACAAGGCCCCGAACACCGGUAAAAAUGUCGGUCUUAGCGCGAGAAUAGAAGAUGGCGGUUCCCGUAAAGAAUCCCGCGAAGCUCUCGAUAGGAUCAUAGAUAGGAGUAUACAGGACGCUUUCAGUUUAUUAGCGUAUCCGGACCCAUGGAAUUCUCCUGUAAAAGGAAUCCUCGACCCAUUUAACAGGGAACCUUUGUGUUUGCGACUCAACGGAGCCAUCUUAAUGUUGAACGGUAAACCUACCUACUCCACAUUAGAACUCAUACUCGGCCAAAUUCAAAAAUGCCUCAAACUCAUGUCGAAAUCCAAUAUGGGCCAAUGCGCUUUCGUUGUUCUCAAAGAUUUUGUUCACUAAAAUUUUGUAUCAUCCAUAAUAUUUAUUUAAUUUUUAAACAUAAUUUAAAGUUUUUAAAAGAAAGAAAAAGAAAUUACCAAAAUUUAUUUAAUAUAUAUAUAACAACCCUCACAUGCGAAGACCCCCAUUUUUCUCGAAUAAUGUUUAAUUUUUCCCGAUUUCCUUUGAUUUCUCACUAAAGAAUGAUUGUACCUUCUCAAAUUCUCGCAACUGCAAAAAAAAAGAGUUUUUGAAUCCAUUAUUUAUUGCGACUUAAUUUCCUUUUUAAAAAUAUCUUUUCUUUCUAACUUUGUUUUUUUUUUAAAAAAAAAAAUAGGAAGAUAUAUUUAAUAAAUUCUGUAAAACGUUAAGCGACACAAAUUAUAAUUAAUUUAAAGAUUUCUAAGGUGAUUAUUUUAUUAAAUUGUCAUAAAUUUUUUUAUAUCACGAAUAAUUUAUCCUAUUUUUCCUCCCUAACCCCCGUUUCCCUGAGAAUUUAAUUUUCGUGUUGUAGGAAUAUUUUUAUUGUUUAUAGUUAAAUUUCCCAUUUAUUAUACCCCCCCCCCUCAUCUGCCCCUACCCGUCAUUCACUUCUCAAUAGGGGGGGGGGAAUAAAAAUCCCUCUCCCACGAGCCAUUUCGAAAAUCGAGAAUCGUAAAACAAAUUAUUUUAUAAUCACAAUUAUAUAUAUAUUUCAAAAAUUCUUUCAUUUCGUGUUUUUUAGACCAAGCGCUUUGAUUAUACUAUUAUAGUGCUGUUAAACGGCUCGUUUUGAGCCGAUUUUUAAAAACAGCUGACUCAAUAUUUUAGCCAGAAACAGUAUUGCCUAUGCCCCGAGGCUUCGCUAACAGAUGUCCAAACAAAAUCUUCAGGGGUUGGCGUAAUACUAUUCUUGAUGAAAUAUUGAGUUAGCCAUUUUUAAAAAUUCGGGUAAACAAGCCGUUACGACACUAUUUACUAUAUAUUUAUUUAAUAAAUUGUUCACGAAAUUAUCAACGUAAAUUUUUUUUUUCUCCCCGAUAUGAAAGAUUGACAUUUUUGUAUUAUUUAUUUUAUUUUAUUUUUUUAAUCUUUAAUCCAAUUCUCUCAGCCCUCUUUUUUUUCCUCAAAAUUAUCCUAAUUUUUAUGUGACAACCUUUAUAUGUUCAUAUUUAAUAUAAUGUAUGAA